UAAAGGCAAGAUUGAAGCCCAGCAGCUGAUCAGUGUGAUGCGAUGCCUCGGGUCGAGCCCCACCCCCUCUGAGGUCCAACGACACCUGCUGAGUCACAACAUAGGUACCUGUCUUACCUGUCUCACCUGUGUGUCUGUUUCUGUUUCUGUUUCUAUUUUUAGCAACAGCGCUGCAUUUCUUGAAUGAGGUGUUCUUUGAAUGAGUCCUUUCUCACACUGCAGAAAAGUACGGGAGGGUGUUGCUGUGCUAACGGUGCUUUAUAAAGGGGAGUGAUUGACAGCUGAGCGCUGAUCCUGAUUGGCUCAGACGGCUUUAUGGGCGAGAACUCGAUACCGCGGCUCCACCUCUCGAUCGCUACUGCACAGACUCUGGCUCCAAAUGACAUCACCAGAGCAAGAUGGCAGCACUCGUAGCUGAGAUAUGCUGGCUUCACUUUAGUACAGUGAGAGGAAGUGGAGACCCGCUGGUCGUCACAUAUCGGGGCGGAGAGUUGGACUUCUCCACCCUCCUGAGCAUCAUGCACAGGCAGCUCCAGCAGGAGGCGCCAGAGGAGGAGAUCCUGGAGGCCAUGAAGAUGGCUGACAAGGAGCAGAAAGGCUUCAUCCUGGCCUCCGAGCUGAGAGCCAAACUGACGGGGCUGGGAGAGAAGCUGACUGACGAAGAGGUGGACGAGCUGCUGAAGGAGGCGGGCGUCGGAGCUGAUGGGCGGGUCCACUGCGAGCACUUUGCUAAAGCGGUGACGCGCUGCUCUGCAAAACGCUGACGUCUCCAACAUCGUUGCUGCUGCUGCUCAACUUUUAUUACAUGAACUGAAAGAAGUCACUUCCUGCAUGUUUUGUGCUUGUUUGUAACUACAAAACAGCAUCUCCGAUAGAGAGCUGAAGUCAUGAUGUCACUUCCUGUCUAGUUUCUGUAAUGUAAUCAGUCAUGUUUAAUACUUGCUGUAUUCUCAGACAAACUCUCUUCGCCAACAGUUGGAGCCUUUGGGGUAGAAGUUUGACUGUGAUUCCUCAACUAAACAAGAAAAGUAAUAAAACUCAUAAACAGAA